UUAUAAAUUCGAAUUAAAUCAUACAUUCGCAUAUUGAAAUCCGCCGGAAAAAUCUGAGCAGGAAACUCUCUCUCUCCGGCUAAUAUGAAUUUUAUGUCGAAAUCCUUUCCAUUUCGGAUCAUCUCACUUCUGAAACCUCGUCGAUGUCUGCUACAGAGAUAUCAGCUGCUGCAUAUCUCGGAGAACGCCAAGGCAGAGUCUCUGAAAUCAACAGAAGGUCUCCAGCAAUGCUCGGCCAAUUAUGUGCCUCUGUCUCCGAUCAGCUUCUUGGAAAGAGCCGCCAGGGUUUACAGAGAUAGAACCUCUGUGGUUUAUGGUACUGUCAAAUAUACAUGGGGAGAAACUCUAGAACGAUGCCUUCGACUUGCUUCUGCUCUCAUCCAGAAGGGGAUUUCCCGUGGCGAUGUCGUUGCUGUACUAGCCUCAAACAUCCCAGCUAUGUACGAGCUGCAUUUUGGUGUCCCAAUGGCAGGGGCUGUUCUUUGUACACUCAACACAAGGCUUGAUUCGGCCACAAUGUCAACCCUACUAAGACAUUCUGAGGCUGAGAUUAUUUUUGUAGAGCACCAGUUUCUCAAAGUUGCUAAAGUAGCACUUGAUCUUCUCUCCAAAACAGCAGUAAAGCAACCCCUCUUGGUCCUUAUUCUUGAUUCUCAAUGUGCUUCCAAUACAACUCAAGCUGUAGAUGUUGAGGACUUGGAAUAUGAGAGUCUCCUUGCGAUUGGCCAACCCAAAUUUGAGAUCAUACGACCAAACAAUGAGUGGGAUCCAAUUGCACUAAAUUAUACUUCAGGUACUACAUCAAGCCCCAAAGGAGUUGUUUACAACCACAGGGGAGCCUACCUCAAUACUCUGGCAACAGUACUUCUUCAUGGUAUGGGCGCAAUGCCCGUUUACCUAUGGACUGUGCCUAUGUUCCAUUGCAAUGGAUGGUGCCUCACUUGGGGCUUAGCAGCACAAGGUGGCACUAACAUCUGCCUCAGAAAAGUCUCUGCUCAGGGCAUAUUUGACAGCAUUUCUGUUCACAAGGUAACACACAUGGGUGGUGCACCUACUGUCUUGAACAUGAUUGUGAAUACCCCAGUCAAUCAACGGAGGCCACUUCCACAGAAGGUGGAAGUAAUGACUGGUGGUUCAGCACCACCUCCACAGGUCCUAUCUAGUAUGGAAGAACUGGGUUUCAAUGUAUCUCACUUGUAUGGCCUGACAGAGACUUAUGGACCAGCAACUCUAUGUACAUGGAAACCUGAGUGGGAUUCUUUACCCCUAGAAGAGAGAGCAAAGAUCAAAUCCCGCCAAGGACUGAACCAUCUUGGUAUGGAAGAGGUUGACAUAAGAGACCCAGUCACCAUGGAGAGUGUACCUCCUGAUGGAAAAACCAUGGGGGAAGUGAUGUUCAGAGGCAACACUGUGAUGAGUGGGUACUAUAAAGAUCCAAAUGCCACACUGGAAGCUUUCAAUGGUGGAUGGUUUCGAACUGGGGAUCUUGCUGUGAAACAUCCUGAUGGUUACAUAGAAGUGAAGGACAGGUCUAAAGAUAUCAUCAUUUCUGGUGGAGAGAAUAUAAGCACCAUUGAGGUUGAAUCAGUACUAUUUAGUCAUCCAGCAGUUCUGGAAGCUGCAGUAGUAGGACGCCCCGAUGAUCACUGGGGGGAGACACCUUGUGCCUUUGUGAAGUUGAAGGAUGGUAGUAAUGCGAGUGCCGAAGAGAUUAUCCACUUCUGUCGGGAACGGUUGCCACAUUUCAUGGCUCCGCGUACUGUUGCAUUUGAAGAUCUGCCAAAGACUGCAACUGGAAAGACACAAAAAUAUGUUCUUCGGCAUAAAGCGAAAGCAAUGGGAAGCCUUAAUAGAAGGAAAGAAUAAUAACAAAAUCCAAACCACCAAAUAACUUGGGAAGUGAAAGUGAAGGGAAGUGACAAGAAAAAUACUGAAGAAACUUUCCAUUGGGUCAGGAGACUCAGGACUUGAUACCAGUUCUCCUCUUUUUUCCUUUCCCAUUUUUUGAAAUAAAAACAUCCUCACAACCCAAA